UUCUUUUUUAUUGACCGAGAAGUUGACCCACCAGCAGGUUUUUUUUCCGUGUAGGUGGAGAAGCUGAAGAUUUAGAAAUGAUUUCCUCAAGCUUCAGGGACUGCCAGGCAUGGAGGGCGGAGGGGCUUACAUUGUCCACCAGCAGUAAUGAGGCUUGUAAAAUGUAUGACGCCAUACUCACGCAGUACGUGAAGUGGAGGAACGAUGACAGCUUGGGAGGAAUUGAAGGAUGCAUUUCUGCUGUCCAGGCAGCUGACCCAAAUUUUGUUAUGGGGCAUGUGAUAAGUACAGGCCUGGAGCUAGUGGCAACAACAAGCUCCACCAGGCUGGAUGAGCGUCUGUCAAGUGCUGUGAGGAGGACGGUGGAACUUGCCAACAGCCAGGACAUCACUUCCAGAGAGAGACUCCAUGUCAAAGCCAUGGAGCUCUUCUCACACGGAAAUUUUCCGAAAGCCUGUGAGGCAUGGGAAGAUAUUCUGCUAGACCACCCAACUGAUAUGUUGGCCCUCAAGUUUGCACAUGAUGCUUAUUUCUACAUGGGAGCCCAAAUGCAAAUGAGGGACUCAGUGGCCAGGGUGCUUCCCCACUGGAAACCACACAUGCCUUUGUCCAGCUACCUGAAUGGACUGUAUUCCUUUGGUCUCCUGGAAACUCGUUUCUAUGACCAGGCUGAGCAAGUAGCCAUGGAGGGGCUCGCUCUAACUCCCGACGAUGCUUGGUCAGUCCACUCUGUAGCCCAUGUUUGUGAGAUGAAGGCAGAGUUGGACAAAGGCUUGAAGUUCAUGGAAAGUAGAGAGAAAGACUGGGAGGUAACUGACAUGCUGGCCAGUCAUAACUAUUGGCACUGGGCUCUAUUUUUCAUCGAGAAGAGGCAACACGAAGCUGCUCUGCAAAUAUACGACACUCAGGUUUUCAGGCGUUGCAAGGCCUCGGGAGCCAUGUUGGACAUUGUAGAUGCCUGCUCGUUACUUUACAGAUUGGAAAUGGACGGAGUGUGUGUGAAGGAGCGUUGGCAGGAGCUGCUCCAAGUAACUCGGCCUCACACGGACGAUCACGUGACCUUGUUUAAUGACCUUCACUUCCUUAUGGUGUCGCUGGGAGCUAAAGAGACUGGGACUAGUCGGCGUCUGCUGGAGGGCCUUCAGGAAUUGGCGAAGGAGCCAGGAGACAAUCAGCAGCAUCAGCUGGCCGGGACUAUAGGGAUACCAAUGUGCCAGGCUAUGCUGGAGUACAACCAGGGUAACUACGGUCAAACUGUGGAGCUACUAUACCCUUUACGCUAUCGCAUGGUAGACAUAGGUGGCAGUGAUGCACAGAGGGAUCUGUUUAAUCAGCUGCUUAUUCAUGCUGCGAUGAAAUCAGAGAAUAAGCAGCACCAGAAGCUGGGAAGAUGUCUUCUGGCAGAGCGCGAUGCCGUGAGGCCAAACUCCCCUCUGACCCAUCGUCUGAUGCAGAAAGCUCUUGCACUUCAGGACUAGAGGUGCACAAACCAGUUCCCAUACAAAAAAAACAACCAUUGUGGGUUUAAAAGAUUUAACUAUCAAGAGCUUGGAGUGUUAAGAGAGUGGAAACCUUUCAUGCAAAUCUCAUUGUAGUUUGCAUUGAAGUUCUUUCUUACUAUAGACUCCAAGUAUUCAAUAAUUAAUACACAGCUGUAAGCUAGUCUGACAUGAAAAAAUAUGUAAAAUUGAAUUAUUCAAAUUUCUGCAAUAACUUAUGUGCAAAAAAAAUGUAAUUUUAUUCAUUCCAAAAAUUGUUAAUU